AUGGAUUUAGUAGAAUCAGAAAGCACCUCCGAGGAGGAUCAGAAAACCUGGGACUCUGAUUCUCAUACUCAAGUUGAUGCCAGUGCCCUUCCAAAUAGUGACUGCGGCAUCGGCCACCGCGUGCUCGCCAGUCGCUCCGUCCUCGCUCUAGCCGUCGAUGAACAUUGUGUUUUUGCUGGUCUCCAAGGAGGAGAUAUUGUUGCGUGGUCCCUUGAAACAUAUGAUCUCGUGGUAUCUGUCCACGCACACAAAGAGAGUGUGCUAGGCCUCUAUCUCUCUGAAGAUGGAAAUUUACUAUUUUCGAGCGGGGGCGACUCCGUGGUCAAUGUGUGGUCCACGCGAACAUUUGAACGUCUCUACUCGAUUUAUUCACACCACGACGUGGGUGAUAUAUUUACAGUAGUCUACUCAUCCGAUAACCAAACUAUUUACUGUGGUGCGCAGAACACAAGUAUACAGUGGUGUGAUCUUUCCGAGGAAGGGUCAACAUUGAACCAAGCAUCGUCUGCCCAUCCAUCUAAGCGGACACAUCGCUUCUUUGAUUCCCGAGGACCGGACGGUACUCGUGCGACAGGAUCGUCGGAUGGUGCCCUCUCUGACGGUGGUCGUGUGUUGAGCUUCAAGCGGGAUCAUCAUAAGCUCUUCGCGCAUCAUGGCUACGUCUACUCGAUGCUUCUAGUCAAGGGCCUGGUCGAGACCGCUCCUUCCGAGGAGGUUCUUUUGACUGGUGCGGGCGAUGGUGUGGUGAAGUUGUGGCGCCUGGGCCAGGAUCCCGGCGCCGCUCCAUCCCAGAUUGCCAAGCUACAGAAUGGAGAUGCAGUGUUGAGUGUUGCCGUCGAGGGAUCACUACUCUACUGUGGUUUGGCUGGCGGCGCCCUUAAUAUCUGGAAUUUGGACUCUCAGCAGCUCGUUAAGCGGAUCACUAGACAUACUGGAGACCUGUGGGCUGUGCACGUCAUCCAGGGUGUCGCUAUCUGUGGUGACUCUAGUGGAACGGUCAAGAAAUUCAACUCCCGGUUCGAAGAGGUCGGUGGCUGGGUUGCUCAUGAAGGCACUAUGCUCGCCUCGGCUGCCGGACGGUUCAAGGAUCGCCAAAUUUAUGCCACUGGUGGAAAUGACAACUCAGUAGGAAUCUGGGAUUUAACUGAAUUCUUUAUGGCCCAGGAAGAGCUGCCUCCGAUCAGCAACGACGAAAUGGUCAACAGUCUUGCAAAGUUUGUCUCUUUCAAGACUAUCUCAGCAAGUCCCAAAUUCGCUGGCGAAUGCAACCAGGGUGCUGCUUUCCUUCGUCGGCACUGCAACUACCUCGGUGCCAAGACCAAGCUCCUGACUACCGGCCAGGACACCAAUCCCAUUGUUUUUGCUAGAUUUAACGCUACCUCACCUGACAAGGUGGACAAGACUAUUCUCUUCUAUGGCCACUAUGACGUUGUGGGUGCAGAGACAAACCGACCCAAGUGGAGGACGGAUCCUUAUCAGCUCACUUCCAUUAACGGAUUUCUGUACGGCCGUGGUGUCUCUGAUAAUAAGGGUCCCAUUCUGGCAUCACUGUAUGCCGCAGCCGAUCUCGCCCGGACCAAGACCUUGCGAUGCAACGUCGUCUUCCUCAUUGAGGGUGAGGAAGAGUCCGGAUCCCAAGGUUUCCACCAAACGGUUCGUGAGCACAAGGCUCAGAUCGGAUCCGUGGACUGGGUUCUACUAGCCAACAGUUACUGGCUUGAUGACUACAACCCGUGCCUAACUUACGGGCUACGCGGUGUCGUGCACGCCAACUUAGUCGUUACAAGCGACCACCCUGAUCUUCACAGUGGUAUCGACGGCAGUACAUUGCUGGAUGAACCAGUCAAGGAUAUUGCCAUGCUUCUGUCUACCAUCGUGGGACGAAAAGGCAAAAUCAAUCUGCCUGGCUUCCACGAUGCUGUCAGGCCUCUCACGGACGCCGAACAGAAGCGGUUCGAGGCUAUUGCCGAUGUAUUGCUUCUGCAGCAUCCAGAGAUCCCCGACAGCCAGGCGCUGAUCAAGUCACUGAUGCAUCGCUGGCGUGAACCCGCCUUGACCGUCCACUCGGUGGAAGUCCCUGGAAGCAAGAGCGCAACGACCAUCGCUCGCCGAGCCAAAGCAACCCUAUCGAUCCGUAUCGUACCGGAUCAACACGCCGACGAAGUCGCAGCCGACCUCACCGCCUAUGCGCAAGAGCAAUUCGCACUGCUCGACUCACAAAACGACCUCACAGUCGAAAUCACCGGCAAAUCCGACGCCUGGCUCGGAGACCCAGAUAACGAAAUCUUCGCCACGCUGUCAGAGGCGAUCACCGCAGCGUGGUCCCCGGCCCAAGAGGACCCGGAACGCCAAUACCCGCCCAUCCCACAAUCCACAAACACUCACCCAGCGACCAAGCCCAAACCUAGCGCGGGCCCAAUCCCCGAACUGCGCCGCAAAGACUCCUCCGACAGUAUGGUCUCGCAUGUUGAACGGGUAAUCACAUCGACAACGACCUCAUCAGCGGGCAAGGAAGCCGCGCGCAAACGGUCCACGCAAACAGCCGCCACUGUGCCAACGUCUUCCACCCUCACACAAAGCACACCGACAUCGUCUGAGGAGUCAAUUGCAUUGCCAACCCGGGCUAAGUCUGAUCCGGAUACCGUAAACCCCACGAGAACUGGACCAGCUGUUGCCUCUGGUGCAGCCAAAGUGAAACCAAUGUUCAUUCGUGAAGGCGGGUCCAUCCCGACAAUCCGGUUCCUGGAAAAGGAAUUUUCGGCCCCGGCAGCGAACCUGCCUUGUGGCCAGGCGAGUGACAACGCCCACUUGGAUAACGAGCGCAUGCGGGUGGAGAAUUUGUAUAAGAGCCGGGAGAUUUUCCGGUAUGUGUUUGCUAAUUUGGUGGAUAAGGCUUGA